UUCGUGUCUCCUGUUAACGAGAGAGAACGCAAGGUCGGUUCGUGCUGUGAUGGAAAAAUUGCAAGAAAUGCAAUUCGUAUUCGGUUCUAUCGCUAUCUUCGUUCGAACAGAAGGAGAUGGAGAAGUCAGAGCUUUAUCAAUUCUGAGGAAAUUUUUCGGUCUAACUAUUGAUGAUUCGUCCAGCCGCUUGCUGAUGUGAUACCAAUUCGUACAAAAUCACUCAUUCGUCGUUCAAGUUUUCACUACUUCGUGCGCGCAGUGGUCCUCCUGCGCAGGAGCUUCUGUCGACGUUUUCGUUAGAAGCCUACUUCAUUUGAAAAAUGAUUUUCCGUAUGAUUCCUCGCAGUGUCGCGUGUAUCCCAUUUCUGGUACGUACUUUCGCGUAUACUUGUUCUCUUCACAAAUACCAAACCCAAUUAUUGUCUUAAUUUUUUUGCAAAUCCCAAACUCUUCUAAACUUAAAUUCAGUCACCUCAAUUGUUUAUAUUCCUUUCAACGCCAAGCAUAGCCGCAACAUGAGAAGCACGGCGCGCAAGUCGCCGUUUGCAGCAGGGAGAAAUAUUGAAGCGGUGGUGUGAGGAGCAACUAGCUGUACCCAAGAAUUUUAUUUUCAAGAACCGACGAAGACAGCCCCCACGGUUAGGACAAAACGUCUUCCUCUGUGACCAAUAGCAAGAAGCAGGCGGCAGCAAGUUCAUCUACAGGCCAAGAGCAAGACGCAGCAGCAGCAGCAGCAGCAGCUUCUGGUUUUUUACCACAGGUGGAUACAUCAACUAAUUCGUCACAACUUGAAGACCAGUCCCCUCCUUUGAAACAACCCCGAAGCGCCACGAUGUUGAAGACAACAUUCCUUCCCCAGUUCCAAUUUAAGGGCGAGUCCCUGGCCCACCGGGUGAUGUUCGCCGGGAAUUUGCAGAAAUUUCUGCAGGAGGUUCCCAUGUUUAAGACGCUCCCCCCGGGCGACAUUAACCAGCUCGCGCAGCUGUGCGAGAUCAAAACGUUUCCCCCGGGUACGGUAUUGUUCAACUCCGGCGACCCCGGUGACUGCUUCUACCUCGUUCUGCAGGGCGAGGCGGAGGUACGGGUCGCGGACCAUUCCUGGUUGAAGGUGGGCCAGGAAGCGCAGUUGGCGUGCCCCACGAAGAUCGCGGGGCAAGUGUACCCGAAGGGAACCAAGGGGAUUGUGGAUAAAUUCGACGGGAAGCGAGGGUAUGAUUUCAUUUUCAGAUUCACGUUUGAUUUUCAUUUACGUUUCUUCUACUUGCAGAGUUCGUUCUUGCAUAAGCAUGAUAAUUGAUAAAGCAAGCAGGGAUCUGCAUCAAGGAGAUACGUGUUGUAUUGAUCGACGCUUGUAGUCAAGAAGAUCUCUGUGAAGGUGCACAAGAAUUAUGCGCACAGCACGACGGUACUACUAGUCGAAUUACACUCGGAAAUUAUUAGGUCUAAAUUGAAACCCGUUCUUGAAUUAUAUCAGGUACCCCUACACGUUCCGCACGUUUGACAACGUCCGCGGGCGGGUCGCGGAGCACGAGCUGGUUCCGAUUGACAACAGUGAAAAGCACGCCGAGAAAUGCAUCUGCCUCCUGCGUCCGGGCGACUACUGCGGCGAGCAGGCGAUUCUGAAGAAUGCAUUCCGCAACGCCACCGUCCUCGCCCGGCCGGAUUCCGAGAAGCCCCUCGUGUGCGCGGCCCUGACGAAGGCGCAGUUCCAACAGAUCGACCUGGGUCACAAGCUCACCUUCCCGCGGAGAAAAGCCGUGAUGGCGAUCGACGACGCGUACGAGCACCGGUUGGAGAAGAAGGAGACGACCAAAUCCGCCGAGGACGCGGAGUUCAUCCGGAACGCGAUUAAGCAGAACAAGAUCCUGAAGGACUUGAUCGAUUUAUCGGAGGAGGACGUGAACGCCAUGGUGCGCGUGGCCUAUAAGCUCGAGGUGCACACGGGCGAGAUUCUCAUCAAGGAGGGAGACUUGUUCGCCACCGAGUUUUUCGUCGUGAAGAGCGGAAAUUUUGUCUUCAACAUCGCUGCGCGCAACGGGUCCGAGCACGACAAGCUGUUCCAGAUGCAGAUGAUGAAGAGUUGCAAAGCGGGCGGCAGCUUCGGCGAGAUCGCUCUACUCUACCACUGCCAGCGGGAGGCGACGGUCACCUGUGCGGAGAAUGCGGUAUACUUUAAGGGAUUUGAUGCUAUGAUUAUGAUCAUCAUCGUCACUUGCUUUGCCAUGUCUUGCCACGAUUUUUUCCAGGAUCAACUUGCACGAGAUAGCAUGAAGAACACAUCGUAGUACUUCUACGUAAGUAGUUCAUUUUGAGAGUGAAUGAAAGUUCCAGGCUACAUUGCUCAUUUGCACCAUUGCCAUCGUAUUCGUAACAGCAAGAUGAAGCGCAAAAACUAAAUGAACCAACAUGCUCACUCAACAGAUUGUCUACGCCAUCGACCGCGUUGCGUUCAAGAACGCUUUGUACCAAAAUCGGAAGAAACAGCUGCUGAAGUACGUCGAGAUUAUCCGGGGCGUACCGCAAUUCAACUGCCUCCUCAACGACGAGGUCGAGGCUUUUGCCGAGGCUUUGUACGAGCGACACUACAUCCAAAACGAGUACAUUGUCCGGGAGAACGAGGUCGCGACGAUGUUCUCGAUUUUAAUCUCCGGCGAGAUCGACAUCAACGGGAAAAAAUACAACGCGAAGGACUCCUCCGGGUUCUUUUUCGGGGACGAAUGCUUGCUGCGGUCCGCCGUGUCCCAACACACGGUGAAGUGCUUGUCUGAAGAUGUGCUCGUCGCCUGCAUGUCGAAGCACGACUUCGAACGGUUGUUAGGCCCGCUGGAGGAACUCAUGCUCGCGACCAACGCGGGCAAACCCCGGGUCAGCAAGGUCGCGGUGAAAAAACAGAACGAGCAGGCGGACACGUCUCACAUGACGGACAUUAAGAUGACGGACCUGAAGCGCGUUGGGAUGCUGGGGUGUGGCGGGUUCGGCGCGGUGUCUCUAGAGCAGCACCGCCAGACCGGCAAGUGCUACGCGCUGAAGCAAAUGUCGAAAGCGUACGUGGUAAAAUGUAAGAUGCAGAAGUCGAUUAUGAACGAGAAGAAGAUCCAGCUGAUGUGCAACUCCGAUUUCAUUGUGCGCCUGUACCAAACCUUCAACUCCCGCGACCACUUGUUCUUACUUUUGGAGCCGGUUUUGGGCGGGGAACUGUACCACACCUACCACAAGAAGAAGAUGCACGGGGACUCGACGAAAGCGCGAUUUUACGCGGCGACCACCUGCACGGCGUUCUCACAUCUGCACGAGAAACAGGUGAUCUUCCGGGAUUUGAAGCCGGAAAACUUGCUGUUAGACCACGAGGGGCGGUGCAAAUUGACGGAUAUGGGGCUCGCGAAACAAACCACCGUGAAAACCUACACGACGUGCGGCACGCCGGAUUACUUCGCCCCGGAGAUCAUCGCCCGGUCCGGACACCACGUGGGGGUCGAUUGGUGGACGCUGGGGGUUUUGAUCCACGAGCUGAUGUCCGGCCACGCGCCUUUCGAAGCGGCGCAGCCCCAGCAGAUCUACGCGAAGGUCAGGCGGGGGGUGAGUCAGGUGACCUUUACCUACCAGGGGUCGGAUCCGUAUGCGGUGGAGAUGGUGAAGGGGCUGUUGAAGCAGGAACCCAACGAGCGACUCCCCAUGCUCCCCGGCGGGAUGGAGAACGUGCACAACCACAACUGGUACGUCAAGGCAGGCUUCAACUGGAAGGACUUCGAGAACAAAACCAUGAAGGUCCCCUACAAGCCGGAUGUGAAGGGACCAACGGAUAUCUCCAACUUCAAGUGCAGAACGGAGGCAGACAUGCCGAAACACUUUCAGAUGGAAUACAAAGACCCCGGUGACGGAUGGGAUAAGGACUUCUAAAUGUUGUUGCUGGGAGUCUUUUGAUAGUUUGAUGCUACUUCGCUUAGCUGUCCUGGAGAGAUGCUUUUUAAGCACGACAUUUUUGUUUUAUCAUGAUAGUCAUAGCAUAGUACAUUUUCAGUUGCAGCACGCAGGAGAGGAGGUUUCCUAUGAUUUUUCAGAACGUUCAGUCUUUGUUUAGCAUACACAGUAUUUUACUAAUUUAGGCUUUGCAUAAUUUGAAUUUCGAAACUUUUACUUGUUACACAUAGUAUUUCCACUUCCACUCACGAGGCGGUGGCCGUUUCCAUGGCCGCGUAGUGUUUUUU